CUGACACUAUCUUUUCAUCCUUGCUCUUUACGUAACAAAGUGAUACAUUUUAAACGUGGUUUGUCGCCGGCAAUUGGAAUAUAGUAGAGAAUGAAAUAAUUCCAAUAAUCCACGCUUACGUCAUAUCAUACAUCGUCUGUGGUUGAUAGCAAGGCCGUCAUGGGUCGCCGCGGAGUUGACUCUGAUAAGCCAAAAGGCAGGAUGUCGUCGUACGCAUAUUUUGUACAGACGUGCCGCGCAGAGCACAAGAGGAAACACCCAACCGAAUCGGUCGUCUUCACAGAGUUUGCGAAGAAGUGCAGUGAGCGAUGGAAGACCAUGUCAGAUUUGGAGAAACAGAGGUUUCAAGAUAUGGCAGGAAGAGACAAGGAACGAUAUGAGACAGAAAUGUCCGCAUAUAAUCCGCAAGACGGUUCGGGUGGAAGGAAGCGCAAAAGGAAGCAAAAGAAGGAUCCAAAUGCACCAAAGCGUUGCAUGUCGGCAUUCUUCUGGUUCUCUCAAGACGUGAGGCCAAGCAUCAUGAAGGAGCAUCCGCAGUUGCGGGUGGGCGAUGUCGCGAAGAUACUGAGCAAACAGUGGGCCGUCAUUCCUCCGGAGACGAAGAGCAAGUAUGAAGCCAUCGCGAGUAGAGACAGACAACGUUACGUGACGGAGAAGAACACAUACAAAAGCAGAGGUGCAUCAGAUAUGGUAGCUACUGGCUCAGCCGCUGGGAGCGGCAUAAAGAAAGGCAGAGUGCAAGAAGGGGCAGCGAACGCGUAUGGCAUGGGCGGCGGCGAGGACGAUGACGACGAGGACGAUGAUUUAGACGAUGACGAUGAAUAAGGUACUUUCGUCGUCUUCUCCUCCGUCUCACGUGAGCCCAAAGAUGUGCCUGCGUGAUGUGCGGUGCCUGCAGUUUGGUUUUUUUAAAUCACACAAUUCCUCUGCUGUUUUUCAUCUUCGUAUAUAUAUAUUUGGCAAAUAUUGAAUUAGGAUUGGCUAAAAAACGAGAUUAAUGAAAUAGACUUGUGAGAUAUUGAGGUUGGUGUAAAGAACAAGUUGCAGAAUAACUUCCAUUUAAAAGAAAUUCUGAUUGGCCUGUGCACAAAGGUUUUGCGUACACUAUGUCUAUUAUAUGAUUGAAUCUGUAUGGUACAAACUGUGUUCAUACAACGUAUGUGGUAUUAUUUGUAGCUAGGUAGGUAAGUAGGUAGGUUCUAUUCACGUAAAUAUGUAAACAUAUGCACAUUUCGACAGUAUAUAUGCAUACUAAAUCUGUCGGAUAGUGUUUAUCUAAGAAUACAUGGUACAUUCUGCAAAGAGAAUUGAACUUGGUUUACUAAAUAUAAAUGUGCACACAUGCUGCACUCUGGAAUCUAGAUCUGUAUCAUAUGAAUGUAAAGCAGCUUUAUUUUGUUGUGAACACCAGUAACAUGCAGUGAACAAUUACCGUUUCUGUUGUUUGAUGCUAAUUACAAUAUUCAGUUAGAUUAGUUACAAUUAAGUUAAUAUAUUUUACUUGCAGAAAUUGGAUCCCAACGUUUACCUUACAACUGUUAGGGAAAAUUAGAAAUGUCAAUGUACCAAGCUAAUCUGUGAAUCAGCCAUUGUACUUGUAUUUGUAUGUAUGUACGUGUGUGCUAAUGUAAAAUAUAGGGGGAAUUUUGUGUAGGUGUACUACUAAGAACUUUUGUACAGUUUAACCUAGAGCCAUUUAGUUCAAGUGUACAGCUGCAAGUUAAUACAGUUUUAAGAUUACCAUUGAUAGCAUGCCACUCUAUCACUGUGCAGGUAAAAUAACCGCCGGGCUUGUAUAAUCUAAACAACUCGGUCCUAAAGGUGUGCUACUGUCUGCUAAUUAUACUAACUGAUACGAUAAAGAGGAGGAAUGAAAUUAAGCUCUGCCAACUCAAAUGCCAGGUAUAUAUAUAUAGCUUGUGCAUGACUCUAUGAAAAAAAAUCGCAACAACAUGUAAUAUUGCAAAUCCUUAGUUGCAAGUUUUGUUGUAUUUGUAGUUUUGUACUAUGUAUGGUAUGAUGUAUUCAAACAAUUCCAGAACAUACUUGUACAUAUUUGUAAAAAAAACACAUCCUCGCUGAAUGUGGUCGUGUAUAAGUACGUGUUAGUCGGUUAAUUGCACAUUGUAGCACCAUAUGAACCAGGUUACGUGUAACUGUGUAAACGCAUUCGUUGAGGUCUUCCAGAGAGAUUCGCGAGCACCCUUGUUUUUGGUCACCAUCCACAGAUGGCAGUGUAGCAGUUGAUAACUCUCACAAGCAUGCAUGGCGCACUAACUGGGUUUUGCCAAUAUUCAUCUUUUAUGUUGGAAAAUCUUGAUUCUGAAUAGUGAGCAGUGCAGCAAACAAAAUGCCAAAUUCCAUUUCUGUCAGGUUAGCUUAAUCGUCAACAGAUGAUAUUUCGUGUAUUGUAAAGAUGAUGAAUAUUCAAAAAUGUCACAAGCUCUGCUAAGGAUAAUUAGGUGGAUGGUUUCUUUAUGCAUGUUAUAUUCGCAGUGCAAUGUGCACAACCAAUCAAUUGUGGGAUUUGACUAGCAAAAGUUCGUUUAUGUAGAUAUUUGACAUGUGUAAACUUGUUUUGAUAUGUUUAGUGUGUAUCUCUGUACCUCUCGGUUUAGUAUCAUAUCGUAGUUUUUAUCGAUCGCUGUAUAAUUGCAUGUAUUUACCUAAUAUAAUAUGCCUCUUGAAGCAUUAAUGAAAAAUGGUGAAGAAUAAAUAGAAAAAUCACGCACCAAAUUGAUCAGCUUAGGGAAUGCCAACCACAUCUUAUUAGUAUAAGGAGAGAUGUAGAGAUCAAUUUAUAUAUAUAUAUAUAUAGUUUAUGGUUUAUGAAAACUGAUGAAAUGUAGUUUUAUUUGGAAAUGUUCUGUCAUUUUAGUUCAUCAUGUACUUUUUGUAGUGAUUUCUUAAAAGUUAUUAAAAUGCAUUUUUUAUUAAAAUUUCAUUGUCUUGAGACAGAUCUGCGAUGUAUACUUUAGCACAUUGUUGACAAUAGUCUCACGUACAUAAAAAUCAUAACUUUGUCAAAAUAUAUUUUAUGUGCACUGUCAUUUCUGCAUCAUAAUAAUACGCCAUUAUUAACUGCAA